UCGCAUAAGGAAUACCAUACCAUACCAUACGGAGUGAGCCGAGAAAGAAGGACGUUUAUGGGGCUUCACGAGGACGAGUCGCCUCCAUUCGUCGACGUGAACCCUCUGCACAGGGUGCCGCUGGUCUUUGUGAACCUGCUCAUCUUCGCCAUCUCCUGCGUGGUCGCCUUCGCCUGCAUCAUGUCCAUCGUGGAGCGCCGUGACGAGAUCUCGUACCGUCGCCGGUCCCUGUUGGUCAGCUUCGUGGUCAACCGGGACAUCACGGCGCUGUGCAUUUCGGGCCUGCUGAUGGUCAUCGGCUUCAUGGGUUUCGUCGGGGCGUUGCGCGAGAACGUCUGCUUCCUGCGCUGGUACAUGAGAGGCGCCUGCCUGCUCGUCGUGCUGGAUUUGCUCUACGUGGGGGUCACACUCGCCUUGCCCAUGCUCACCAAGAGCACUGCUCAGAGCGUCUUCACCAUAGAGCUCGUGGUCAGCUACCGAGACAACCGGGACUACGCGCGACUCGUAGACUUCGCCCAGUCGGCGUUCCACUGCUGCGGCGUGACGAGCGACCGUUACCAUGACUGGGGCCAGAACCUGUACUUCAACUGCUCCAAGACUAACCCUAGCGUGGAGCGCUGUUCCGUGCCGGCCUCCUGCUGCCGGCCGCCAGAGGGCCACGACAUCGACACUCGCCUUAAGCGUCGCUUCUGUGGCAGCGGAGUGCUCGCCGGUACCGAGCAGGAGGCCUGGGACAAGAUCUACACGCGAAGCUGCGUCGACGCGUUCCAGUCGUACGUCAAGUCGCACACCAUCCUGAUGGUGGGCGUGGGCCUGGUUAUAUUCGUGGUGAUCGCCGUGCUGCGCCACCUGGCGGUCACCGUUCACGACCAGAUCAUCUCGCUGACGCACUUGUACGAACGCUACUACCGCAAGCUCGACCACGGCUACCCCGAGCGGCUUGCUCAUCGCGAAGUCCUCGACGAAGUGGGAGCCACCGACAAGCGCUUGGUCGUGGGAAAGAAGCGGGCCAGGCUCCAUGACCGCGGCGUGCACAAGCUUGGAGUUGGCCCACAACAACCGUCUCCACGGCAAGACUUCGCAUUCGGUCUGCCUACACAACAUAUACAAAGCCCGGAACAGGCAGCUCAGGGCCAAGCGUCCGGGGAUCGAGGCUGACUACAACUUGCCGAGAAAUGCUUCUCAAGGACGUUGCAGCGUGCUUCGGUGACGCCAAUAAAUAAUAAUCGAUGCCACGUAAUCCGUAAAUA